AUUCUUUCAUCCAAUGGGAUAUUGUUCAUUACUUUUAUUCUCUCUGUCAAUUAUCAAUGGCAAUCAAAUGUCAAUUGGCAAUCAUUUUGUCCCGAUAUCUGACUAUAAUCAGAUAAUUAUUUCAUAUUUAUAAUUUAUUAUUCAAUUUAUAAUAAUUAUUUCACAUAUAUUUAUUAACCCAAUAUAAGGACUUUAUUCGUAUAUUAUUGACAUCUAUAUUACGUUACGAAAUUAAGUGAAUGGAAAUAAACAAAUCAAAUUAUGUGAUAUAUAAUACAAUAAAUCAUUUCAAUUAAUCCAUAGUGAUAAAAAUGUUGAUAAAGAAUUAAAAAAUAAUAAAAAUGGCAGAAUUAAUAGCGAAUUUAAAAGUGGUAAAAAAUAAAAUUACUAUUGCUUCUGCUAAAAGAUUACCAGAGUAUAAAUAUUUUGAACCACGUUUGGUAGCUGUAAGUAAAUUAAAACCAGUUGAAUUAAUUGUUGAUGCUUAUAAAGCUGGUCAAAGACAUUUUGGAGAAAAUUAUGUUAAUGAAUUAUUAGAAAAAGGAAACGAUCCAAUUAUUUUGGAAACAUGUACAAAUAUACAUUGGCAUUUUAUUGGCCAUCUUCAACGUAAUAAAGUAAAUAAGUUAUUGAGUGUUCCCAAUUUAUAUAUAAUUGAAACAAUAGAUAAUGAAAAACUUGCAUCAGCAGUAAAUACUUCUUGGAUUAAUUAUAGGAAAGAUGAAAAUUUAAAAUUAAAAGUGAUGGUACAAGUUAAUACUAGUAAAGAGCAAGAAAAGAAUGGUUGUGAAAUUACAAAUGUUUGUCCUCUUGUUCAGCAUAUUAUUGAUAAUUGUAAAAAUUUAGAAUUUAUAGGUCUUAUGACAAUAGGUAUGUUUGGAUAUGAUUGCAGUAAAGAACCAAAUCCUGAUUUUUUAUGUUUAAAAGAAUGCAGAGAAAAUGUUUCAAAAGAAUUAAAUAUUGAUUUAAAACAAAUUGAAUUAUCAAUGGGAAUGUCAAAUGAUUAUGAACAUGCGGUGGAAUUAGGAAGUACCAAUGUUAGAGUUGGUACUGCCAUAUUUGGAGAAAGACCAAAAAAGAAUAUUUAAUGAAAUUAUAUUUUCAUUGUAUAUUAUGACGUAUAGAAAUACAAAAAUAUACAUAAAAUAUGUUUUAAAUCAAUAGAAAGCUUUCUAUAGUGAUAGAGGAUGAGGAAAGACAAAUAUGUAUUUCUAUAUUCAUUUUGUUUCCAAUCAUGAGACUAUGUGACUGCUCAUACGAUUAUAUGCAUUUAUUCAAAAUUAUCAAGAAAUCGAAAUUUUUACUUCAAAAUUGACAAAAAAAAAAAAAAAACUGCGUUUGAUUGCAGUGGAAGUAUAGUCGUUAUUUUAUUAUCAUGACUUUCUACAUGAAAACCUUAAUAUUUUCGAUGACGCUAAAUUCAAAUCAAUAAUAUCUCUGUGCUAAACUAUUCAAGAAUUAUCCGUAGACGAGAAUAGAUCUAACAUUUAAUAAUAUUUUGUGUCCCAUAUUUUGAAAUAGUGAUUACACAAAAAAAAACAGAAUGUUUGAUAUAAUCUUUACGAUUUAAAGUGAUAAAUAUGAGAAUUAUAUUCAAUUCAAUAAAAGUUGAUAAAAUAAAUAUUUUAAAAUAUUUCAAAAUAUUUAUAUUUCAAAAUAUUAAUAAUUCAAAAUAUUUUAAAAAUAAUUUUUU